AUGGGACAGCCGUUUGCGUUAUGCGAUGUGGCGGACGGCGUGGAGAGUCGCGUGGACGUGCAGUUCCCCGCAGCCAUCCUGCGCCAGACCGCGCUGCUGGACGAGUGCCCGCAGCGGGGGCCGCCCAAGUGCCCGCCCGCUUCGAAGAGAUAUCGCACCCAUGACGGCACUUGCAACAACCUUAACCGGCCACGUUGGGGCUCCACCAUGACGCCAGUCCAGCGGUUCAUCCCCCCAGUCUACUCCGACAGCAUCCAAGCCCCAAGAAGAUCGAUCUUCGGCUCAACCCUACCCUCAGCUCGAGAGAUCAGUGCCGCCAUCCAUGAGAACAAGAACGUUGAGAACUUCGGCAUCACCCAUCUGCUGAUGCAGUGGGGGCAGUUCCUGGAUCACGACGUCACUUCCUCGUCACAGUCCAGAGGGUUCAACGGCUCCGUGCCAAGAUGUUGUAUCGAUGGAGGCAGAGAUUUUGUCCCUAAAGAGUUUAUGCAUCCGGAAUGCUUCCCAAUACCCGUGCCCGCGUCAGAUCCCUUCUACGGGCCCCGUGGCGUGAGAUGCCUGGACUUUGUGAGAUCGUCUCCGGCGCCCAGGGACGACUGUGCGUUGGGAUGGAGGGAGCAGUUCAACCAGGUGUCCGCUUAUAUUGACGGCUCGCCAAUUUACGCCAGCUCAGCGAGGCAGUCUGACAAACUGAGAUUGUUUAGAAACGGUAUGCUGUUAUAUGGUCGGGUGCAAUUCCGUCGUCCAGCAUCACCCCUGGACCAGAAGGAUGAGCUCUGCCGUGGAGGCGCGGUAUCUACCGAAUGCUUUAAGUCAGGAGACGCAAGGGUUAACGAGCAACCAGGACUGGUAGCAGCCCACAUCGUUUGGCUGAGGAUGCAUAAUAGGGUUGCUCAAGAACUAACAAACAUAAAUCCACAUUGGAGCGAUGAGAAAACAUACCAGGAGACAAGAAAAAUUAUCGGCGCCAUGAUACAACAUAUCUCAUACAGAGAAUUCCUACCUAUAAUACUAGGAGCAGACGUGAUGAGGCUAUUCGAGCUGGAGUUGCAAAGGAAGGGAUACUACCGCGGAUACAACCCGAAGAUCAAUGCAAGUCCAGCCAGCUCCUUCGGCUCAGCGGCCUUCCGCUUCGGUCACAGUCUCGUGCAGCCUUCCCUGGUUCGCUUCGACAGAUUUCAUCGGCCAUUGAAAAACAAUGUUACCCUCCACGACGAACUGACUAACCCAUCCAACAUCUGGAGUAUGGGAGCAGUGGACCGCUUAAUGUUUGGAAUGAUCAACCAACCCAUCCAAAAGCGGGAUGAGUAUAUCACUGAGGAGCUGACCAAUCGUCUCUUCCAAACACCCCACUUUGACUUCGGCAUGGACCUCGCUGCUAUUAACAUCCAGAGAGGAAGGGACCAUGGUGUUCCUGCGUAUACGUCCUGGAGAGAGCCAUGUGGACUAUCAGCUAUUACAGACUUCGAUGAUCUGUUCAGAGUUAUGUCGGCACGAGCAGCUAGAAAACUGAAAAAUAUUUAUAGGCACGUGGACGACAUAGACCUGUUCACUGGUGGUAUGGCCGAGCGACCAGUCAUGGGUGGACUAGUCGGGCCAACCUUCGCCUGCAUUAUAGCACAACAGUUCUCUAAUCUUCGUAAAGGAGAUCGUUUCUGGUAUGAGAACGGUGGAUUCGAUUCCUCCUUCACGCCAGCACAACUUCAGCAGAUAAGAAGAGUAUCGUUAGCCCAAGUGCUCUGUCGCACUCUUGACUCUAUUGAGAAUAUUCAACCCUUCGUAUUUCUAUCAGCUGAUGACAAUGAGAAUAGAAGGUUGUCCUGUUCUCAGGGUAUACUGAAUGACUUUGACUUAUCUCCAUGGACAGAUAUAGGUUCUGAUAACAAUGUGCGCAAGGCAUCUGUUGACGAUCCAGACUUGAAACCGAGCCGACCUAGACCGCUCAAACAGACUACUCCCAGACCAAAACUGACAAACAAAAAACCUCUAGUUACUGACUAUAAUAACAAGACCCAAAAACUGACUGACGAACUUAACUUUACUGACUUUAAAGACGACAAGAUUACUACUAAAGAUACAAGAAAUAAAUUAACUGACUUGAGAGAUGACAUUAAUGCUACUAAAGACACUAUGACUAAAGAUGACAAGACAAAUCAGACUGUGCACAAAAUUGACGACAAACUUGACUUUCAGGACAAAGCUUUGAGGUUCAACGACUACGACUCUGACAGACAUUCCCCGACCCCACGUUACAAUGACUAUGACGAUGACGUCCAAAGCGUACAAUCCGUAAUUAUAAACAACUUACCCCACAAAAGACCUUACAGACCAUACUUAGCUGUGACUGAAAACAUUGACAAAUACACUUACCUUAUCAACUAUGUUCCCAGACCGACUCAGUCCUAUCGACAGACAACUCGACGUAGCUAUGACAGGGAUGUGGUUAAAGUGACUUACCAAAACUAUGACGACACUUACAAUAGACCUAACCGACCGUAUUAUAACAGAGGUGACCUAGACAAUGACUUUGAAUCCCGACACGUUGAUUCUGACAAAACUGACAAUACUGACGCAUUUGAAGGUAGAUCCAACGAUGGCUCAGAAAUUGACCAUGACCAAACCAAAACUUUUAAUAUUGACAAAAACAACAUGACUGAAGACAAUACUAAUGUUAACGCGACGACAGAAAGUCUACAUAAACUUAUGACUUUUAGCUACGUAGGAACAUACAAAGGUACAAAUACUGACAAUAGUAAAGAUGACAUGAAAACAAAACAAGAGACUAUAAGCAAAGACUUCUGGACUGUUGAAUCCAAAAAAAUUGAUGAUAGAACAAGUUUAGACAAAAACAAUGAAAAAUUAUCUACAUUUUACAUGUAUGACACAGUGACUCGACCUUACAACCAUCUGAGACCGACUAAACGGGACGAUAUAACGACAGAAAACCACGAUAAAUACUACUACGAAGACAAUAUACUAAGAAAAUAUCCAAACAAAGCUGAUAAUAAAAUAAAUAAGGAAAAACACGAAAACAUAGAGGAGAGAUCUGUUCCUUCUAAAAUACAGGCUGAACUACCGAAGAGAAUUGACAGUCCACCAAGGAAGAAGAAGCCCGCUAGUCAAGCUAAAACUCCCUCCGUUGACUUUCAAAUAAUUCCCAGUGAAAACAGUCCAACUCACUGGGCGGUGUACGAGGAGGAUGCAGACAUCCCAGAGAGUUUACCGUACCUCUUGCCAGCUGUGUCCGACCCCUACGCGUUGAGGGAGGUGCCCAAACCCAUGCGGAUCAGACCCAAGAGCGCCAAGAGAAGACCAGGAAGAGCAUAAUACUUGAAAAGACUUCUCGACUGAAAGACAUUAAUUUCAAUUAUGACGACAUUGACUUACUGAAUGGACGGGACUUUAACUUAUAAUGACUCUAAUUAACUUCUGACCAAUGUAACAGAGAUAUAUACUGACUUAGAUAACUUGACUUAAAAGUACAAAAUGACUUCUGACUGAACCGACUAUGUUUACUUAAUUAAAAACAUUUGACUUUUUCAAUCGCAAUGAUUGUUUGAUCAGACUUGAGUUCGACGUGACACAAGAUUGAGUUUCAUAUUUGACAUGAUAUUACUAGUAUUAUGACGACUUUAAUAAACGUAAUUAUUACUUACAACUAAAAUCCAGUCGCCGGAUAGAACGCAUUUCGUUUUAAGUAAAAAAUAGAUAGCAAUAUUUUCGUGCGCUUGUGGAAAUCCUUUGUAAUGUGGUUCAGUGGAUUGCUCUAUAUCCGGCGUCCGGACUUAUAGUGCCAGAAUGACAGAAAAUAUAAGAAAACAGACAUCAAACAGAUUAACGUUAAAUAUGCUUUCAAAAUAGAACUUUAUUCAUUAAACAAAAACUUACUGGUUUCAUCGCAAGAGCGGCGGCCACGCGCGAAUCGCGAUACGCAGCGAGAUACAGCUCGAAAUUAUAACUUACAAAUUACAAUGAAACGAAUAUCUUCUAGCGUAGUAAGUACAUAAAGUUCAAUUUUGAAUAGUCUAUGAACUAAACGAGGACCUUUUUGACCAAUGACUAACUUUUUGACAACAAUCUACUCAAUUGUUGACUUAAUAAUUGUGACCCCGACUUAUGACGAAAUACUGACUUAAAUAUGACUUGACGAUUGAGUGUUUAAAAAAAUUGAAUUGAAGUCAGAAACUUUAUAGUCGGUAGGUACUGAUUAUAACCUA